AUAAACAAUGGCCAAAGUCCAGUUCCAAGUCUAAUGGGUGCAAGUCUUCUAAUCAGUCUUCUCAUCAUUUCCCUCUUUCACUUGGCCUAUUCCUCUGCUUCUCCUCUACCAUUGGGAGCUCAUCCUCUAGAUGAGAAGUUCUAUCAAUCAGAGGUGAUCAAAUGCAAAGACGGGUCCAAAUCCUUCACUAAAGACCAAAUUAACGAUAAUUUCUGUGACUGCCCAGAUGGCACUGAUGAACCAGGAACCUCAGCAUGUCCUGCUGGAAAAUUUUAUUGCAAGAAUGUAGGAAGCACGCCCAAGUUUUUGUUUCCUUCUCAGAUAAAUGAUCAAAUUUGUGAUUGCUGUGACGGAAGUGACGAAAAUGAUGGAACUGUCAUAUGUCUCAACAUUUGCAUUAUGGGUGGGACUGUUGCUUAUAACUCACUAAAUUAUCGCUCAACAAUCAGGCACCAGAGUUCAGCUGGUGCAAGGACGAAAGUCAACCUAAAUUCUGAAGACUCACUUGGGAAACUUAAAGGUCUGAAGACAUUAGCAACUCUACAGGUUGCUCUUAUUAUAAUUGUUGUGGCAAUUAGGAAGUUUCCUCGGCGUGUUAGGGCCAGAAGAAGGCAUCCUCGUUGAACGAUUCUCUCAAGCUCAUGUUGCUGAUGGAUUUGUAUUGUUUUGCGCUUGCUUGUCCAUUCAAAAUUGGUUUCUGAAGUGAUAGUUAUGGUAACAGUAGCAACAAGACUUUAUUCAUCUCCAAAUCUGAUUCGUCAUUCUUUGCUAAGAUUUUCCUCAGUUUCCAAGUUUUCUCCUCCAAAUUAUCUUGAGGAAUCAAUUAAAGCUGCAAUUGAAGCCAAAAAUUAUGGAGAUAUUCCCAACAUUCUUGCUGCUUCAAAAGGAUCUUGCCAGAAUGCCAAUCCCUUUUCAUUCCUCUCUGCCUUUCCUGUAAAAACAAGAACAAAUAUUGUUGACGAAAUUUUGCAAUCUUUUAUUUCCCUUAGACCUCGUUCUCGUCCUGGGUUUGCAUAUUCUUGUCUCCUUUCCUACACUCUCCAAAGUCCCAAUCCCCUGCCACUUGCCCUUGCUGUACUCCAACGCACACUUCGUUCUGGUUGUCUUCCUGUUCCCCAAACUCAUGUCCUACUUUCUACUGCAUGGCUUGAAAGCUGCCGCCAUGCUAAGUCGGUCUCAAACAUACUGUUGGAGAUGCAGUCCAUUGGGUAUAAUCCUGAUUGUGGCAUAUGCAAUUACCUUAUUCUAUCACUAUGUAAGGUUGAUCAGUUAAAAGAGGCAAUCAAAGUUUUGAAAGGUAUGAGUGGUGCUGGUUGCUUUCCAGAUUUGGAUAGUUAUGGAACUAUAAUAUGUGAAAUAAGUGAGCUUGGAAGGACUGCUGAUGCUGUUAGAAUGAUGAAGGAGAUGGUGGCAACCUUCAACUUGAGCCCAAGAAAAGAAAUAUUGGUAAAGAUUGCAGCAGCAUUUCGAGCAAAUAAAGAGACCUUGAGAGCUGUGGAGAUGAUUGAGUUUUUAGAAAGGAGAGAUGUGGAUGUUGGGUUUGAUGUAUAUGAUUUGGUGCUUGAGGGGUGCUUGGAGUGUCGACAAUUUGUCCUGGCAGGAAAAGUUGUCAUGAGAAUGACUGGGAAGGGUUUCAUACCAUACAUCAGUGUGAGGCAAAGGGUGGUUGCAGGCCUGGCCAGUGUUGAUGAGUGGGAGCUUGCUUCAGCUGUGAGACAGAGAUUUUCAGACAUGAAUCCUUAGCUACUUUAACUGGAAAUACUUGGUAGUGAUGUUAUUUUGUAAGUAGGAAAGGAGCAUGCACGCCCUUCUGCAAUUAAUUGAACAGGAUCACCUCGAUAAAAUAAUUUACUAGGAAUUUGUUGAAAUCCUCUCUUGAAGUGCCGUAUCACAAUACUUCAUCAUUUGUGUUGUCAAAUAUCUAUGGUGCUUGGUGUCCAAUUCUGAAAGAGCUGAAUUAUUACCACUUACUCAUGUUUGAUGAUGUUAUGAACUUCAAAAGAGGUAAAAAAGUGCAUUCCAUUUUGAA